GCAAACCUGAGGAUUUCCGCGGCCCGCCGGCUUGACCUCGGUCAGGUUUACAGGAACUGUGUAAUUAUUUAUUAAAAUGGAAAGCUGUGAAGAAAGAAGAAGAUAGCAGUUGGAAUUAAAAUUCUUGGAUGACAGUUUUGCUUUUGAGACAUCAGUAUUUAAAAACGAUAUGUUGAUUUGGAAAGUCCCAGGAGUAAAUUCCAAAAUUCAUUUUUUCCAUUCAAUCAAUGGGUUUUUUAAUCAUUCCUUGGAGUUGAUGAAGUUCAGAGACGGUGUGUGAUGAGAAAUGUGGCAUGCCAGUGUUUUCCUACUGAUUGCAUCUUGGAUUAGUUUGCUGCUUUUUUGAAGAGAUUCCAUUUUGAAGGGUAAGAACCUAAUGUGAUGGAUUUAUCUUCAGAGAUGAACAGACAUGGGAAGAAUCCAGUGAGUCAUAAGCUAGAAGAUCAGAAGAAGAUUUACACCGACUGGGCCAACCACUACCUGGCAAAAUCGGGCCACAAGCGGCUGAUCAAGGAUUUGCAACAAGACAUCGCAGACGGAGUACUGCUGGCCGAAAUCAUCCAGAUCAUUGCAAAUGAAAAAGUUGAAGAUAUCAAUGGAUGUCCUAGGAGUCAAUCUCAGAUGAUUGAAAAUGUUGAUGUCUGCCUUAGUUUUCUAGCAGCCAGAGGAGUAAAUGUUCAAGGUCUAUCUGCUGAAGAAAUAAGAAAUGGAAACUUAAAAGCCAUUCUAGGACUGUUUUUUAGUUUGUCUCGCUACAAGCAGCAACAACACCAUCAACAACAGUAUUAUCAGUCCUUGGUGGAACUUCAGCAGCGGGUCACUCACGCGUCUCCUCAGGCCGAAGCCAGUCAGGCCAAAACCCAGCAAGAUAUGCAGUCCAGUCUGGCAGCCAGAUAUGCAACUCAGUCUAAUCACAGUGGAAUUGCAACCAGUCAAAAAAAGCCUACUAGGCUUCCAGGUCCCUCUAGGGUGCCAGCUGCAGGCAGCAGCAGCAAGGUCCAGGGAGCCUCUAAUUUAAAUAGGAGAAGUCAGAGCUUUAAUAGCAUUGACAAAAACAAGCCUCCAACUUAUGCAAACGGCAAUGAAAAAGAUUCCUCCAGAGGACCUCAACCAUCUUCAGGUGUCAAUGGUAACGUGCAGCCCCCCGGCACCGCGGGGCAGCCCCCUGCCUCCGCCAUCCCUUCUCCAAGCGCCAGCAAGCCCUGGCGCAGCAAGUCUAUGAAUGUCAAGCACAGCGCCACCUCGACCAUGCUGACUGUCAAGCAGGCGAGCCCAGCCACCUCUCCCACGCCACCGGCGGACAGACUGAAGCCGCCCAUCUCAGAAGGCGUCAAAACAGCGCCCUCGGGGCAGAAAUCCAUGCUUGAAAAGUUUAAGCUGGUCAACACCAGGACUGCUCUACGGCCCCCACAGUCUCCCAGUUCAGGACCCAGCGAUGGUGGCAAGGACGACGAUGCCUUUUCCGAAUCCGGGGAAAUGGAAGGGUUUAACUGUGGCGUGAAUAGUGGUGGGUCGACAAGUAGCAGCCCCAAAGUCUCUCCUAAAUUAGCUCCUCCAAAAGCUGGAAGCAAAAAUCUCAGCAAUAAAAAAUCUUUGCUACAGCCAAAGGAAAAAGAGGAAAAGAACAGGGACAAAAAUAAAGUUUGCACUGAAAAGCCAGUCAAGGAUGAGAAGGAUCAGGUGAUGGAAAUGGCUCCAAAAAAGACUUCUAAAAUUGCAAGCUUGAUCCCCAAGGGCAGCAAGACGACAGCAGCCAAGAAGGAAAGCUUAAUCCCAUCUUCCAGUGGGAUCCCAAAACCAGGCUCCAAGGUGCCAACAGCAAAACAAACCAUCUCACCUGGCAGCACAGCAAGCAGAGAGUCUGAAAAAUUCAGGACUCCCAAGGGAAGCCCUUCCCAGUCCCUACCAAAGCCCAUAACCACUGAGAAAGCAAGCACAUCCAAUUGCCCUGCUCCUUUGGAAGGAAGGGAAGCCAGCCAAGCUUCUCCGGCUGGUUCCUGUGCGGGGCUGGUGGCGCAGGGCGGUGGGCAGACCACAGGAAAUGGUGCUGUCCAGCUCCCCCAACAGCAGCAGCACAGCCACCCAAAUACCGCCACGGUGGCUCCAUUCAUUUACAGAGCACAUUCAGAAAGUGAAGGUCCGUCUCUACCCUCUGCUGACUCCUGCACCAGUCCUACGAAGAUGGAUUUAUCAUAUAGUAAGACUGCUAAGCAGUGCCUGGAGGAGAUAUCUGGAAAAGAAGACACCACUAGAAGAGCCAUGCAGCGGCCGGCGGAACUCUCUGUGUUCCGGGGCAAAGGCGGAAGGAGAAAGGGAGCUUGCCUCCAGAAACAGAAGUCUCUGACCAGUCUUUCCCUCACCAGUGAAGGGGAGAGGAGACCCACUGUGCGCAUUUCCAACUGGUUUGGAAACGCAGCAAAAGCCAGCCAGCGAGAAUCCCACGAUGCAGAGAGGCGCUCGCUGUCCAGGUUCCUGUCCAGGUCGGUCCAGUCCCUCUACCACAGCAGCGGCUCAGGGGCCUGGAGCCUCCUGCCCGCCAGCCCGUCAGGCGCUCAGGGCUCAGAGGACUGGUCUUCCAGGCGAGGUUUGGAAGGUGAGAGCGAUGAAGAUAGCAGGUCGGAAGAUGAAAACCUGUCCUCCCUGCCAAGCAGCAUCAGCAGGAGCUGGGCGGAGGAGGAGGGGGAAAGCUGCCUGCGGGAAGGCACAGCUCAUCUGGAUGCCGACGUGAUCCUGACAAUGCUCGGUGACCUGGAACAGGCACUUUACACCGACUUACUGGGUGAAGACCCCGAAACAAGACGAAUGAGAACAGUUAAAAACAUAGCCGAUUUGAGGCAGAAUUUAGAAGAGACUAUGUCCAGCCUUCGUGGGACCCAGAUAAGCCACAGCACCCUGGAGACCACAUUUGACAGCACUGUGACGACAGAAGUGAAUGGAAGGACCAUCCCUAACUUGACAAGCCGACCCACCCCCAUGACCUGGAGGCUGGGCCAGGCGUGUCCUCGACUUCAGGCUGGAGAUGCUCCCUCCCUGGGUGCUGGCUACCCUCGCAGCGGUACCAGUCGCUUCAUCCACACAGACCCCUCCAGGUUCAUGUACACGACGCCUCUCCGUCGAGCUGCUGUCUCUCGGCUGGGAAACAUGUCACAAAUUGACAUGAGUGAGAAAGCCAGCAGUGACCUGGACAUGUCUUCUGAAGUUGAUGUUGGUGGCUAUAUGAGUGACGGUGAUAUUCUUGGGAAAAGCCUCAGAGCUGAUGACAUCAACAGUGGGUACAUGACCGAUGGAGGACUCAACCUGUACACUAGGAGUUUGAACCGAAUUCCAGACCCAGCGACUUCCAGGGAUGUCAUCCAGAGAGGGGUUCAUGAUGUGACAGUGGAUGCGGACAGCUGGGAUGACAGCAGCUCGGUGAGCAGUGGUCUCAGUGACACCCUGGAUAACAUCAGCACUGACGACUUGAACACCACAUCCUCAGUGAGCUCGUACUCCAACAUCACAGUCCCUGCCAGGAAGACCACUCAGCUGAAGACAGACUCAGAGAAACGUUCUACAACAGAUGAGACAUGGGAUAGUACUGAGGAGCUGAAAAAAGCAGAAGAGGACUUUGACAGCCAUGGGGAUGGUGGCGGCAAGUGGAAGGGUGUUCCCUCGGGACUUCCUGAAGACCCCGAGAAGGCAGGGCAAAAAGCUGCCCUGUCUGUUUCACAGACAGGUUCCUGGAGAAGAGGCAUGUCUGCCCAGGGAGGAGCGCCAUCUAGGCAGAAAGCUGGAACAAGUGCCCUCAAGACUCCUGGGAAAACUGAUGAUGCCAAAGCUUCUGAGAAAGGGAAAACUCCCCUGAAAGGGUCGUCGUUACAGAGGUCUCCCUCAGAUGCAGGAAAGAGCAGUGGAGAUGAGGGGAAAAAGCCCCCCUCAGGCAUCGGAAGGUCGACUGCCACUGGGUCUUUUGGAUUUAAGAAGCCAAGUGGAGUAGGGUCAUCUACUAUGAUCACAAGCAGUGGAGCAACCAUAGCAAGUGGCUCAGCAACGCUGGGGAAAAUCCCCAAAUCUGCCGCCAUUGGUGGGAAGUCCAACGCAGGGAGAAAAACCAGUUUGGACGGUUCGCAGAAUCAGGAUGACGUUGUGCUGCAUGUUAGCUCCAAGACUUCCCUACAAUACCGAAGCCUGCCCCGCCCUUCGAAAUCCAGCACCAGUGGCAUCCCUGGCCGAGGCGGCCACAGAUCCAGUACCAGCAGUAUUGAUUCCAAUGUCAGCAGCAAGUCAGCUGGUGCCACCACCUCGAAACUGAGAGAACCCACUAAAAUUGGGUCAGGGCGCUCGAGCCCUGUCACUGUCAACCAGACAGACAAAGAAAAGGAAAAAGUAGCAGUCUCAGAUUCAGAGAGUGUUUCUUUGUCAGGUUCCCCCAAAUCCAGCCCCACCUCUGCCAGUGCCUGUGGAACACAAGGGCUCAGGCAGCCAGGAUCCAAGUAUCCUGACAUCGCCUCACCGACAUUUCGAAGGUUGUUUGGUGCCAAGGCAGGUGGCAAAUCUGCCUCUGCACCUAAUACUGAGGGUGUGAAAUCCUCCUCAGUAAUGCCCAGUCCUAGUACCACAUUAGCACGCCAAGGCAGUCUGGAGUCACCGUCGUCUGGUACGGGCAGCAUGGGCAGCGCUGGUGGGCUAAGUGGCAGCAGCAGCCCUCUCUUCAAUAAACCCUCAGACUUAACUACAGAUGUUAUAAGCUUAAGUCACUCGUUGGCUUCCAGCCCAGCAUCGGUUCACUCUUUCACAUCAGGUGGUCUCGUGUGGGCUGCCAAUCUGAGCAGUUCCUCUGCUGGCAGCAAGGACACUCCGAGUUACCAGUCCAUGACUAGCCUCCAUACGAGCUCGGAGUCCAUUGACCUCCCCCUCAGCCAUCAUGGCUCCCUGUCUGGACUGACCACAGGCACUCACGAGGUUCAGAGCCUGCUCAUGAGAACGGGUAGUGUGAGAUCUACUCUCUCAGAAAGCAUGCAGCUUGACAGAAAUACACUACCAAAAAAGGGAUUAAGAUAUACCCCAUCAUCUCGGCAGGCCAACCAAGAAGAGGGCAAAGAGUGGUUACGUUCUCAUUCAACUGGAGGACUGCAGGACACCGGCAGCCAGUCCCCUUUGGUCUCCCCUUCGGCCAUCUCAUCUUCAGCAACAGGAAAAUACCACUUUUCGAACUUGGUGAGCCCAACCAAUCUGUCUCAAUUUAACCUUCCUGGGCCCAGCAUGAUGCGCUCAAACAGCAUCCCAGCCCAAGACUCUUCCUUCGAUCUCUACGAUGACUCCCAGCUUUGUGGGAGUGCCACGUCUUUGGAGGAAAGGCCACGUGCCAUCAGUCAUUCGGGCUCAUUCCGAGACAGCAUGGAAGAAGUUCAUGGCUCUUCAUUAUCACUGGUCUCCAGCACGUCUUCUCUUUACUCCACAGCUGAAGAAAAGGCUCAUUCAGAGCAAAUCCAUAAACUGCGGCGAGAACUGGUUGCAUCACAAGAAAAAGUUGCUACCCUCACGUCUCAACUUUCAGCGAAUGCUCACCUCGUAGCCGCUUUUGAAAAGAGUUUAGGGAAUAUGACCGGCCGACUGCAGAGUUUAACCAUGACCGCAGAACAAAAGGAGUCUGAACUUAUAGAACUAAGAGAAACCAUCGAAAUGCUGAAGGCCCAGAAUUCUGCUGCACAGGCAGCCAUUCAGGGAGCUCUGAAUGGCCCAGACCACGCUCCCAAAGAUCUCCGCAUCAGAAGACAACAUUCCUCUGAAAGCGUUUCUAGUAUCAACAGUGCCACAAGCCAUUCCAGCAUUGGCAGUGGUAAUGAUGCUGACUCCAAGAAAAAGAAAAAGAAAAACUGGCUGAGAAGCUCAUUCAAACAAGCCUUUGGGAAGAAAAAGUCCACCAAGCCUCCUUCUUCACAUUCGGACAUUGAAGAGCUUACAGACUCCUCCCUUCCAGCAUCCCCCAAGUUGCCCCAUAAUGCUGGUGACUGUGGGUCAGCCUCCAUGAAACCCUCACAAUCAGCCUCAGCGAUCUGUGAAUGCACCGAGGCUGAGGCUGAGAUAAUUCUGCAGCUGAAGAGUGAGCUCAGAGAAAAGGAAUUGAAAUUAACUGAUAUUCGGCUGGAGGCCCUCAGCUCUGCUCAUCACCUCGAUCAGAUCAGGGAAGCCAUGAACCGGAUGCAGUACCGGAUGGAGAAAUCCAAGGCUGAAAAUGGGGGUGCACACUGGCCAGUUGCACUCAAAGACCAUUCAAGACACUCGUUCUUGCAAAAAAAUAUUUUGCUGGAUGAUGCUGGUGAUGCAACUGGACAUAAAGAUGGACGCAGCGUGAAAAUCAUAGUCUCCAUAAGCAAGGGCUACGGCCAAGCAAAGGAUCAGAAGUCUCAGGCAUAUUUGAUAGGAUCCAUUGGUGUUAGUGGGAAAACCAAGUGGGACGUCUUAGAUGGGGUAAUUAGACGUCUCUUUAAGGAAUAUGUGUUCCGAAUUGAUACCUCCACUAGCCUUGGUCUGAGCUCUGACUGCAUUGCUAGCUACUGCAUAGGAGAUUUAAUUAGAUCCCAUAGCCUAGAAGUGCCUGAACUGCUGCCUUGUGGAUACCUUGUUGGAGAUAAUAACAUCAUCACUGUGAACCUAAAAGGGGUAGAAGAAAACAGUUUGGACAGUUUUGUUUUUGAUACACUGAUUCCUAAACCAAUUACCCAAAGGUACUUUAACUUGUUGAUGGAGCAUCACAGAAUUAUACUCUCAGGACCUAGCGGUACUGGAAAGACCUAUUUAGCAAACAAACUUGCUGAGUAUGUAAUAACCAAAUCUGGGAGGAAAAAAACAGAGGAUGCAAUUGCCACUUUUAAUGUGGACCACAAGUCAAGCAAGGAAUUACAGCAGUAUCUAGCUAGCCUGGCUGAACAGUGCAGUGCUGACAAUAAUGGCGCAGAGCUCCCAGUGGUAAUAAUUCUUGAUAAUCUUCAUCAUGUGGGCUCUUUGAGUGAUAUCUUCAAUGGCUUCCUCAACUGUAAAUACAACAAAUGUCCAUAUAUUAUUGGAACAAUGAAUCAGGGAGUGUCUUCAUCACCAAAUCUGGAGCUGCAUCACAAUUUCAGGUGGGUCCUAUGUGCAAACCACACAGAACCCGUGAAAGGCUUUUUAGGUAGAUACCUUCGAAGGAAACUGAUAGAGCUAGAAAUUGAAAGGAACAUACGUGAUAAUGACCUAGUCAAAAUUAUAGAUUGGAUUCCUAAGACAUGGCAUCAUCUCAACAAUUUUUUGGAAACACACAGCUCUUCUGAUGUUACCAUUGGUCCUCGACUUUUCCUUCCUUGCCCCAUGGAUGUAGAAGGUUCUAGAGUAUGGUUCAUGGAUCUCUGGAACUAUUCUUUGGUACCUUAUAUUCUGGAGGCAGUAAGAGAAGGUCUUCAGAUGUAUGGGAAACGAGCACCUUGGGAAGACCCCUCAAAGUGGGUGCUGGAUACAUACCCGUGGAGCUCAGCGUCUCUGCCUCAGGAAGGCCCGACAUUGCUGCAGUUGCGACCAGAAGAUGUUGGGUAUGAGGGCUGCAUCUCCACGAAGGAAGCCACAACCUCAAAGCACAUUCCUCAGACUGACACGGAGGGGGAUCCCCUGAUGAAUAUGCUAAUGAAACUCCAAGAAGCAGCCAAUUACUCGGGUACACAAAGCUGCGACAGCGAUAGCACCAGCCACCAUGAAGACAUUUUGGAUUCAUCUCUUGAAUCUACCCUCUAGAGGGUGAAAAAAGUUACUGGGGGAAAGACUAUGCCUUUUUAAAAUGUUUAAAAAGUAAGGUAUUUUCACUAAACCACUGCCAGUAUGAAAGCACCUAUUAAGGGCCCUGACCCAGAGUCGUGGUCUCCAAGGAGGCAGCAGAACUAAGUCUGAACCGCCAAGAUGCUAAAUUGAAACGGAAGCUUAACUUUAUUUUAUUUCUAGGCAUUUUUCUAUCCGUGGAGUGAUAGAUGGCUCCAUGACUCAACUGGAAAGGACCCUAAUGAUGGGGCAACCGAAUAGAUUGCACAUGGGACAGCCAAACUGGACUUUCGUUUUUCUCCUCUUUCAAAGUUUACAAUGCAGACCUUUUUUUGUCCCUUCCUUUUGUUUCCUCUGAUGAGCUGUUCUCCCCAAACAGGGUCCAUGCUUCUGAUCCAUCCAAACUUUUCUGUGCCCCACGGUGCUGGUCACGGCUCCAAAAGUGUUUGUGUUGUGCACUCACCCCAUCCCAAAACGAAGCCAAGAGGCCAGGCCUCUGUAAGCACAAAUGGAAUUGUGUCACCACCAGAAACACACCACGGUGGCAAGCUGGAGAAGUGCCAAUUUAAUUCCUAACUGCCAUGUUCACACGAUGUGAUCCACCAAUGCUUUAGUAUAUGAGUCACAGGUUUUAUAAUGUUGUUUUUACCACCGUGGUCUUUUAAGCCACCUGCCCACUCCCUUAACAAGAGUUUUAUACCAAUUACUAGUCAACACUGACAAAAGGCUUGUUUAGGGCUUUGUCUGAGCCUUUUCAGUGAAAGAAGAAACAUUUCCUAUGGUGCUGUCUCACUGCCUUAAAACAGAUUUCUACGACAGUUUAACAGUCGGUUUAAGUCCUAAACCAUUGGUAAUUUCCACUGUCUUUUCAUUUACAACCAAGUAACACCAGUUAGCACAGUAGCCUCAUCUCUAUAUAUCUUUUUUUUUUUCAAGAAAUGGAUAGGAGAAAGAUCAGUAUUUUUACCUUGUGAAUAGAUUGCUUUGCCUAUCCUCCAAAAAUACUCAAGUAACCCAGAAACCCUCUUAGACUGUCACUUCAAAGCUAAGCGAUGUGGCUCUAUUCCACCCAAUUCUAGGUGAGAGAGUUUCAGAAGGCGGGAGAUUUUGAAUUCUUAACCCAGCAGAGCUGGACGCACUAGAUAUAGCAUGAGCACAACUAUUUGGCUUUCCUCCCCUAUUUUUUUUUUAAUUCUUAUUAGCUUUGAGCAUGUUGAUUUGAUUGCUGUUGUUGUACAUGAGAAAUUCAGCAUUAGAGAACACUGAAGCAGUGAUGUCACUGUGGAAGAGGAAGCAUUUAUACUGUAAAAGAUGGUUAGAUUUGCACAGUCUACUGGGUAGGUAUUGUAAAUAAUAAUUUUUAAAACUUGCACAAGUCAAAACAAACACACACACACAAAAUUGUAUUUUAUCCUGUUGGUGUGAAGAGGUGUUUCACUUGCUGAGAUUUCCUGUACAUUGCAAACAAAUACAGAAUGCAGACCCUCAAAGCUGUUGUUAUCCGGUGUGUUUGUCCUGUAUUUACAGUUGUUACGACUAUGCAGGCGCUAUCAGUACUAGAGUGAGCAUGCGUCAAAACUGUACACAAAGCCAAUCCAUUUUUGGAAAAGUAAACAUGUCUGAAGGUGCAUCUAUCAUGGCAGGCUUUAAAGAGAGUACAUGAAAACUGACUGGAGUCAUUUGAGAAGUUACCGCCACACCCAGAGGACAGGUGUUAGGUUUAUACAACCCAAGGGCUAGGCCGUGGUAUAGACCUGUUCUAUAUGUGGGAAAAUGUGUUACGUGCAGGAUGUGCAAUUGGUGCUACUCUCUGUGACCACCCAUGGGUCAGUUGCUCUAAACAAAAACAACACGAGACAUCUGUGCAGUUUUCAGAGUGUCACUGAGUCUGUAGGGGCCACAUGGUGCUAUUGCCCUAAGGGAAAUCGGAACUGAGUUUAUGCACAUAGCAUUGUCACCCCGACUUUGAAGCCUCAAACGUGGAUCAAAUCUGUUGUGAAACAUCGACGUGUGUAGCUGGAUGAGUGACUAGUUGCCCUUGUAUAAUACGUGAUCUAAGAAAAUUGCUAAUCUUUCCCUGCCAUUUUAAGAAACACAGUCCAAACAUGAUCAUAAACAGAUUCCUGCAAUACAUCCCAGUAGGUCCACCUAGUUUACAACUUAAACUAGUUUGUGAAACAUUUGUCUGUAUACAUUUUAUAUUUUGUACAUUUUUGAUGUAACAUAUCAUGUAAAUAGGCAGAAACAAGUGAAAUAAAUCAUCUGAAAAGUUUUGUAGUCUUUGUAAAGCCCCAACACUAAGUACUUGUUGUCAAUGGACUUAACUGGAUGAUGUAUUUUCUAUUGGUUUCUUGUUCCUCUAGCUUGUAAACCAGCUUGCAUAUAUUUUUUUGCAAAUGUGCACCCUGUAUCUGUCUAAAUUAUUACUUUGCCAUUAAAGUGGAAUUAUUUAUUGACAA